AUGGCGGCCGCCGUUCACCCCCCAGUUGUCCAGGCCCUGCCAAUGUCACGUCGCAUGGGGUCACAAGUGAUCAUCUCCUACCGGGGUGAGCCAUAUGAUACCAUGCACCUUCGCCCCAUGGGUGACCUGGGCCAGAUUAUCUUUCUGGAAUGGAAAGGGAGAGACAAGGACUCCAUCCUAAGAGCUGUGGAGCACAGCAACGUGGUCAUCAAUCUCGUUGGGCGAGAAUGGGAAACCAAAAACUUUGACUUUGAGGAUGUUUUUGUAAAGAUUCCCCAAGCAAUCGCUCAAGUGUCCAAGCAAGUUAGAGUUGAAAAUUUUAUUCACGUUUCACAUCUGAAUGCCAAUAUUCAAAGCCCUUCUAAAUAUCUGAGAAAUAAGGCUGCUGGAGAGAAAGAAGUGAGAGACACAUUUCCAGAAGCUACCAUCAUAAAGGCAUCGGACAUCUUUGGAAGAGAGAAUAGAUUCCUCAAUCAUUUUGCAAGUAUUCAAGGGUUUGGUGUUGUCCCUCUUUCCUUGGGCAAGAAGACAGUGAAACAACCAAUAUAUAUUGUGGAUGUCACCAAAGGAAUUGUUAAUGCAGGUAAGGAUCCAGAUGCCAGAGGGAAAACUUUUGCCUUUGUUGGGCCCAGCUGGUACGUCCUCUUUGACCUGGUACAGUACGUCUUUGCCAUGGCUCACAGACCCUUCCUGGCAUACCCUUUGCCACAUUUUGCAUAUCGAUGGCUAGGUCGACUCUUUGAAAUGAGUCCGUUUGAGCUCUGGACCACGAGGGAUAAAGUGGAGCGAGUUCACAUCACAGACAUGACCCUGCCUCACCUGCCCGGCUUGGAAGACCUGGGUAUACAGGCCACGCCCCUGGAGCUCAAGGCCAUCGAGGUGCUGCGGGGUCACCACACGCACCGCUGGCUGUCUUCUGAGAUUGAAGAUGUGAAGCCGGCCAAGACAGUCACUGUUUCGUGGCCCCUGAGCUGCCCUUGGUUUUUGAUGUCAUUCAGGUCACUAGCGACCAGACCACCUUUGGCAGAGAAUCCUGUACAUAGUGCAUAA